AAACCAAAAUCUCUUCUUUAAUCGUACGGAUAGAUCUCUAAUUCUUCUCUCCAAGCUUAAGAUCUUCAUCUUUCUCGAUCUGGGAUUAUUACGUUUUCAUCGGUUCGUUUGAACAUAAUCUUCAAGUUUUCAUUCUUAAAUGCUCAUCUCGAACUCUGGGGUCUCUAGUUUUGGAAAAUUAGUGAGCCUCCAGAGAUUGAAAGAAGGAAACUUUGUUUGUACCCUAGAAAAAAAAAUGGCAUCCGUGAGCAUACCUCCUCCUAUUAUAGACUCUACUAGUGGUGUUGAUAAAUUGCCUGAAGAAAUGAACGACAUGAAGAUUAGAGACGAUAAAGAGAUGGAAGCGACAGUUGUUGAUGGUAAUAGUACUGAGACUGGCCACAUUAUAGUCACUACCAUCGGUGGUAGAAACGGCCAACCUAAACAGACGAUUAGCUACAUGGCCGAACGUGUUGUUGGUCAUGGAUCUUUUGGCGUUGUCUUCCAGGCGAAAUGCCUUGAGACAGGAGAAACCGUUGCGAUUAAAAAAGUUUUACAAGAUCGGAGGUACAAGAACCGUGAGCUUCAAACCAUGAGGCUACUUGACCAUCCAAAUGUUGUCUCUCUGAAACAUUGCUUCUUCUCAACCACUGAGAAAGACGAGCUUUACCUCAACUUGGUUCUUGAAUACGUCCCUGAAACUGUUCACCGUGUUAUCAAACACUACAACAAACUUAACCAGCGUAUGCCUAUCAUAUACGUCAAACUCUACACCUAUCAGAUCUUUAGGGCAUUAUCUUACAUUCACCGUUGUAUUGGUGUGUGUCAUCGUGACAUCAAACCUCAAAACUUGUUGGUAAAUCCACACACGCAUCAAGUAAAGCUAUGUGAUUUUGGAAGUGCAAAAGUAUUGGUAAAAGGGGAACCAAACAUCUCCUACAUUUGCUCAAGGUAUUACAGAGCACCUGAACUUAUUUUUGGAGCAACCGAGUAUACAACAGCCAUUGAUGUUUGGUCUGCAGGAUGUGUACUUGCUGAGCUCUUGCUUGGACAGCCAUUGUUCCCUGGUGAGAGUGGUGUUGAUCAACUUGUAGAGAUUAUCAAGGUUUUGGGAACGCCUACUAGGGAGGAAAUCAAGUGCAUGAACCCAAACUACACGGAGUUCAAGUUCCCUCAGAUUAAAGCUCAUCCAUGGCACAAGAUUUUCCACAAACGCAUGCCUCCGGAGGCUGUUGAUUUGGUAUCAAGGCUUCUUCAAUACUCUCCCAAUCUGCGGUCUGCUGCUCUUGGCACAUUGGUCCACCCAUUCUUUGAUGAGCUAAGAGAUCCAAAUGCACGCCUGCCUAAUGGACGUUUCCUUCCACCACUGUUCAACUUCAAGCCUCACGAGCUGAAAGGUGUGGCAGUGGAGAUUGUAGCUAAGUUAGUACCUGAGCAUGCUAGGAAGCAGUGUCCUUGGCUCGGUUUGUAAUUUCCUUAAAAAAACCUUAAAUGUAGUAGCAAUCACAACAUUUGUAUAAUAUGCCUCUCUCUCUCUCGCUAUCUAUCUCUCUGUAAUCCACAAUCUGAUAUGUACCCUUUGUUUUGUUGUAUGAGUAGUAGGAAAAAAAAAGAAAGUUAUUAUGACUGUGGUUGGUCUACAGUGUACAAG